AUGGGCGACUGGAGUUUUCUGGGCCGGCUGCUGGAGAAUGCUCAGGAGCACUCGACGGUCAUCGGUAAAGUCUGGUUGACGGUCCUCUUCAUCUUCAGGAUCCUGGUGCUGGGGGCCGCGGCCGAGGAGGUCUGGGGUGACGAGCAGUCCGACUUCACGUGCAACACCCAGCAGCCGGGUUGUGAGAACGUCUGCUACGAUGAGGCCUUCCCCAUCUCACACAUCCGCUUCUGGGUGCUGCAGAUCAUCUUCGUGUCCACUCCCACGCUCAUCUACCUGGGCCACGUCCUGCACAUCGUCCGCAUGGAGGAGAAGCGCAAAGAGAAAGAGGAGGAGAUGCGCAAGGCUAACAGGUUCCAGGAGGAGAAAGAGCUCCUCUAUAAAAACAGUGGGGACACCGGAGGAGGUGGCAAGAAAGAGAAGCCGCCAAUCAGGGAUGAACACGGCAAAAUCCGUAUCAGAGGUGCCCUGCUGCGCACGUACGUGUUCAAUAUCAUUUUCAAGACUCUGUUUGAAGUGGGUUUCAUUUUGGGCCAGUAUUUCCUUUAUGGCUUCCAGCUGAGGCCCCUGUACAAAUGUGCACGUUGGCCGUGCCCCAACACAGUUGACUGCUUCAUAUCCCGGCCCACUGAAAAGACCAUUUUCAUUCUCUUCAUGCUUGUGGUGGCUUGCGUGUCUCUUUUGCUGAAUUUGUUAGAGAUCUAUCACCUUGGGUGGAAGAAGGUCAAACAGGGCGUGACCAACGAGUUUGUCCCCGAUCAAGAGUCCCUGCGGCUCGUCGACGCUGCAGAGCCCAGGUGUUUGGCCUCGGCCCCCAGAACUGCCCCACCCAGCUACCCCCCCAACUACUUGGAUGUGGCAGCAGGCAGUGGGGCCUUCCUGCCCGUGGUGAGGCCGGCGGACUUUAAGGUGGGCGACCUCCAGCAGCAGGAUCCCCUUCAUCGGUCCUCCUCCUCAGCUCACUACUACAUCAGCAACAACAACAAUCACAAGCUGGCCACGCAGCAGAACUGGGCCAACCUGGCCACCGAGCAGCAGACUCGGGAGAUGAAGGCCACCUCACCCUCACCAUCCUCGUCGUCUUCUGCCAACAACGAGAACGAGCAGCAGCUGUCUUCUGACACUGUCCUGACCCUUCCUACCGCUGCUGCCACCCCCGCACACGGCUGUGGGAGGGUUACAACUACGCACGAGGAAGGUCUCGUCAGCACCACGACAGUAGAGAUGCACAAACCCCCAUCAGUGGUCAGCACAGACCCUCGGAGGCUCAGUCGGUCCAGCAGGAGCAGCAGCGUGAGGGCCAGGCCGAGCGACCUGGCUGUCUGAACCUCUGUGGGCCGUGCACGUGCUGACUCCGCCCCCAGCCACACGCACAAGGAUCCUUCAUUCAAAAUAUACAAGCACACGUUUGCUUCAAGCAAAACAAAAAGAAAGAGAGAACAGGCAGGACAGCAGAAGAGCUUCAUCAGCUGCAGGCCUCGCUGGCGGUGAGUUGCAGAAGAGCUGAAGUCACGUCUGGUCAUUGAGUUUUAUUCUUUAUCACUU